CAGCAGGAGCCGGUUUAGUUGCGUAGUUAAUAAUCGACAGACCAAUGUGUGACGCUGUCCACCUAUUUAUAUCACCGCGUAAAUACCUGUAGGCCGUUGUAGGCUUAUUGUUAACAAUCUCUAGGAUACAGUUAUACACAUUGUACACUCCGUUCAACAAUACCCGUACGGGGUUUUCCAAUACUGACAACCUAUUUAAUAUAUGUUCAAUCCACCGUGUAAACUACCAUUCGUUUGCUACUGAAUAACGGCUGAUUAACAACGUGUUUGGAGCAGUAGUCGGAGAACAGACUCAAAUUGACUGUAACAUAUUACACAAGCUGAUCAGACAUGGAUAAAGUGAAAAAAUCAGACCUUGUGGAGCUGAAAGCUUUAAAUGCGCCACCGCAGGAUGUCAAAGAGAUCCUGGCGGCCACAAUGACGCUGCUUGGUAAGGAGAAUGCAAGGGAUUACCGAACUGCUAAAAGAGAAUUAGGUAGUUCGACAUUCCUCAAGACAUUGUCGACAUUCGACGUGGAUUCCGUUUCUGUGGAGGCCGCUAAGAAAGCAAAUGAAUAUAUUCAGGGCAUCACAGUGGAAAGUGUUCGUAAAGUCAGUGGUGCUUCAGUCUCCAUGUUCUGUUGGGUUCAGGAUGUUAUAUCCCAGGUAGAGACGAAGAAAGGAGGACUAAGCGAUGCAUCAAUUAAGCCGGAAGGAACUGGAUAGAAACUGCAAAGUGUUUAAUUGUGAAUCAGUCAAGGAAUGUUAAAGUCUAAAACUUUAUCUAUAUUUCAAAAAACCAAUGAGUUGUCUUUGUAUGACAAUCGGUCGUAAGUACGCUACAUUAAAUACCACUACAACAUAUGUAUUUUACCUUUAUAAGACCGAUAUUAGAGUAUGGAGAUAUUGUUUGGGACAAUUUGACCAACCUGCAAUCACAAAAGAUAGAAAAAAUACAACUUGAAGCUGCACGCAUCAUUACAGGAGGCACCAAGCUCACUAGUCAUGCAAACCUUUAUAAAGAAACAGGAUGGCAAACACUUUCUUGUCGGCGGAAACAUCACAAAAUCAUAAAAUUUCAGAAAAUAGUACACAACAUCACCCCACAAUAUCUUAGAAACAUUCUCCCAGAACGACAUUCGCACAUCCACCAACAUAACACUAGAGACGCAAAUAGAUUUAGACCUGUACGUUGUAGAACAAACUUAUAUCAAAAAUCUUUUCUAUCUGCUUCUGUCAAUCUAUGGAAUGAACUCCCUGAAGACAAGCGGAAUGACGCAUCCAUAAAAUACUAAAGCUACAUCUUAACAGAAAGUUAUACAAAAAGAAUCAUUUUAUUUCUGCGGUUCUAGAAUAGGCCAAAUAUACCAUGCCAGGAUCAGAAUGAAUGUAGUUCACUAAACGGCCAUCUUUUUCAUAAAAAUCUAGUAGGGAGCCCGCUCUGUUCCUGCCGUGAGGCAAACGAAACAAAAUAUCAUUAUAUAUUAUCUUGUCGGAACUAUGAACACAUUAGACAAAUAUGUUUCAGACCAAUACAAAAUCAUACCCCAGUAGAAGCCCUCCUGUUUGUGACAACAAUCUUUCACCUGCCCAAAAUCGAAAUAUAUUUUACUGUGUACAAAAUUUUAUUAUUAAAUCAAAACGUUUUUGACCUAUUUAAUUCAUACACCCAAUUGUUCACUCAUAUAGACCUCGGUUUUGUGUGUGCGUGUGUGAGGGUGUGUGGUUGUGCGCACGCGUGUUUUUUUCCCCAUAUCAGUUGGGCCAUUUUUCGUAGCAACUUUGUAGUAGUACACAGAAUACAUUUUCCACUGUUAUAAAUCCGUUAUGACAACAGUGACAUUUACAUAGGUUAACGUUUUGUACAUUGGCAAAUGCUAUUCUUUCUUCUCUUCCUAUUUCUUCUCCUCGUUCUUCUACUUCAAGUCUCUGUUAUCCAUUACUGAGGAAACAGAUUGAUAUAAGUUCAAUAACUUGUUUCUAGAUCCUAUUUCAUGUAUGUAAUAAUUAAAUGGUCUGUAUAUUGUAAUUGCAAAUUUACGGAAUAAAAUAUGGUUUAUACUUAAAAAUCACUACAACAUACUUAGCCACUUAUGCAGAUCCUUAUUUAUAACAUGACUGACAGGGAUGGCUUUCAACGAAGCUAAGCAAUUAGCCCGACAAUUUGGUUGAAAAAUAAUUUAUAGACAGAACAAAUUGUCAUCGAUUUUAGAGCAACGUAGAUUGUCAAAGUACACUCAAGCUACGGGUUACUCCCUAUGUUUGAGAAAAAUGCUUUAUUUGAGUCUUGUUAGUUUGUGUUCAGAGGCAAUAAACAUACCUUUUAUUUCAAUU